AUGCUUUUUUCUAUUUCUCUUUCUUUUUCUUUUCUUUUCUUGCUCUCUCUCUCUCUCUCUCUCUUCUCUUGCUCUCUCUCUCUCUUCUCUUCUCAAAAACCCUGCUCUUCAUUCUCUCUCCACUCUUUCGUGUCUCUCUAUUCUCUCUCCACUCUUUCGUGUCUCUCUAUUCUCUCUCCACUCUUUCGUGUCUCUCUAUUCUCUCUCCACUCUUUCGUGUCUCUCUAUUCUCUCUCCACUCUUUCGUUUCUAUUCUCUUUCUUUUGUGUCUCUAUUCUCUCUCCACUCUUUCGUGUUUAUUCUUCUUUUUCCACUCUUUCGUCUCUCUUUCGUCUAUCUCUUUUCUUUUCGUCUAUUCUCUUGCUCUCUUUCUCUAUCUCUUUUCUCUUUUCUCUCUUUCGUCUAUCUCCACUCUUUCGUCUCUCUUUGUCUGAUUUCUCUCUUUCGUCUCUCUCUUUCUCAUCUCUCUUUUCUCUCUCUCUCUUUCGUCUCUCUAUUCUCUCUCCACUCUUUCGUGUCUCUCUAUUCUCUCUCCACUCUUUCGUGUCUCUCUAUUCUCUCUCCACUCUUUCGUCUCUCUUUCGUCUAUCUCCCACUCUUUGUUUCUCUAUUCUCCCUCGUUUCUCUUUCAUAUCUCUCUUUCAUUUCUCCACUCUUUCGUCAUUUCUUUGUCUCUCCACUCUUUCGUUUCUCUUUCGUCUAUCUCCACUCUUUCGUUUCUCUUUUAUUCUCUCUCCACUCUUUCGUGUCUCUCCACUCUAUUUCUCUCUCUCUUUCGUCUCUUUCGUGUCUCUCUAUUCUCUUUUCAUUUUCUCUUUCGUCUAUCUCCCUCUUUCGUCUCUCUCUAUCUUUCAUUUCUCUUUAUCUAUCUCCACUCUUUCGUCUCUUUUUUUCGUCUAUCUCCACUUUCAUUUCUUUCGUCUCUUCUCGUUUCUCUUUCUCCCUCUUUCGUUUCUCUUUCGUCUAUCUCCACUCUUUCGUUUCUCUUUCGUCUAUCUCCACUCUUUCGUUUCUCUUUCGUCUAUCUCCACUCUUUCGUUUCUCUUUCGUCUAUCUCCACUCUUUCGUUUCUCUUUCGUCUAUCUCCUCUUUCUUUUUCUCUUUCGUCUAUCGUCCCUCUUUCGUCUAUUCUCUUUCAUUUUUUCAUCUCUCCGUCUAUCUCCACCUCUUUCGUUUCUCUUUCGUCUCUCUCUCCUUUCUCUUUCGUUUCGUUUCUCUUUCGUCUCAUUUCUCUCCACUCUUUCGUUUCUCUUUCGUCUAUCUCCACUCUUUCGUUUCUCUUUCAAUGAGACAGUUCAUUUUUCUCUUUCAUUUCUUUCAUCUAUCUCUCUCCACAAUCUCCUCAUCUUUCAUUUCUCUUUCGUUUCUCUUUCGUCUCUCCACUCUUUCAUUUCUUUCUAUCUCUCGUUUCUCUUUCGUCUAUCUUUCUUUCCAUUUCUCUUUUUCUCUCACUCUUUCGUUUCUCUUUCGUCUCUCCACUCUUUCAUUUUUCGUCUCUCUUUCGUCUAUCUCCACUCUUUCGUUCUUUCGUCUAUCUCCUUCUUUUUCGUUAUCUCUCCACUCUUUCGUUUCUCUUUCGUCUAUCUCCCUCUUUCAUUUCUCUUUCUUUCGUCUAUCUCCUCUUUCUUUUUCUCAUCUCUCUUUCGUCUCUCUUUCGUCUAUCUCCACUCUUUCGUCUCUCUUUCGUCUAUCUCUUCCGUCUAUCUCCACUCUUUCAUUUUCUUUCAUCUAUUCUCUUUUCUCUCUUUCGUCUAUCUCCUCUUUCAUCUCUCUUUCGUCUCUCUCCUCUUUCGUCUAAACCUUCUUUCGUUUCUCUUUCUCGUUUCUUUCGUCUCUCUUUCAUUUCUCUUUCGUCUUCUUUUUUCGUUUCUUUGUCUCUCUCUUCUUCUCUCUCUUUCGUCUCUCUUUUUAUCUUUUUCGUCUCUCUUUCGUCUCUCUUUCGUUUCUCUUUUCUAUCUCCACUCUUUCGUUUCUCUUUCGUCCUCUUUCGUUUCUCUUUCGUCUCUCUUUCGUUUCUCUUUCGUCUCUCUUUCGUUUCUCUUUCGUCUCUCUUUCGUUUCUCUUUCGUCUCUCUUUCGUCUCUCUUUCGUCUCUUUCUCUCUUUCGUCUCUUUUCUCUUUUUCUCUCUUUCUCUCUUUCGUCUCUCUUUCGUCUCUCUUUCGUCUCUCUUUCGUCUCUCUUUCGUCUCUCUUUCGUCUCUCUUUCGUCUCUCUUUCGUCUCUCUUUCGUCUCUCUUUCGUCUCUCUCCUAUCCUCAGCUGAGCUGCUAAAUUGA